AUGGCGGCGGCGAGGGAUGGCGCAGGAGGGCAGGGAGGGCCGAUGCCGGACGCGACAGACACCGAGAGCGGGGCCUCACCACCCCUCGCCGCCGCCGCCUCUUCCGCCCGCAGCAGCCACACGCAAGACGCCGCCGCGCCGCGCGGCCAGGGAGGCGCCCGCGCGCCUGCGCGGCGCAGGAGGCCCGCGGAGCGCCCCGUGACGUCACCGGAAGGGAGCACACGCGGCCGCUCUGCGCUGCGCGGAGGACCCCGGCGGAGCAGACGAGCGGGAGGGCAGCCGAACCAGAGGGAUCUGAGCCUGUUCUCCCAGGAGCUGCUCCGCAGAGCCCAGCGCAACCACGCUGCCCACAUGGAGGUCUCCAAGAAGCUGGUGAACUCGGUGGCUGGCUGUGCAGAUGAUGCCCUGGCAGGGCUGGUCGCCUGCAACCCUGGCAUCCAGCUGCUGAAGGGGCACCGGGUGGCCCUGCGGGCCGAUCUGGAGGGCAUCCAGGGCCGCGUGGCUCUACUCUCUGGAGGGGGCUCUGGCCACGAGCCUGCACAUGCCGGAUACAUUGGGAAGGGCAUGCUGACUGGAGUGGUGGCUGGCGCUGUCUUCACUUCUCCCGCCGUGGGCAGCAUCCUGGCAGCGAUACGGGCAGUGACACAGGCUGGCGCAGCGGGUACCCUCUUGAUUGUGAAAAACUACACCGGGGACCGGCUGAACUUCGGGCUGGCGCUGGAGCGGGCGCGGGCAGAGGGGGCCGAUGUGCAGAUGGUGAUUGUGGGGGACGAUAGCGCCUUCACCACCCGGAAGAAGGCAGGGCGCCGUGGGCUGUGCGGCACGGUGCUCAUACACAAGGUGGCCGGGGCCUUGGCCGAGGCGGGGGCAAGCUUGAACAAGAUUGUAAAGACAGUGUCGGCAGCCACCAAAGCCAUGGGUACCCUGGGCCUCAGCCUGUCCCCAUGCAGCGUCCCUGGAUCCAAGCCCACCUUCCAGCUGGCUCAUGAUGAGAUGGAGCUGGGCCUGGGGAUCCAUGGUGAAGCGGGUGUGCGCAGGAUGAAGGUGGUGUCGGCAGACAAGGCUGUGGAGACCAUGCUGACACACAUGACAGACCCUUCCAACGCCUCUCACCUGCCCCUCAGCCCCGGCAGCUCUGUGGUGCUGGUGGUGAACAACCUGGGCGGCUUGUCCUACCUAGAGCUGGGCAUUGUGGCCGGUGCAGCCGUGCGCAGCCUGGAGAGCCGAGGCAUCCACGUUGCCAGGGCCUUGGUGGGCUCCUUCAUGACAGCGCUGGAGAUGGCUGGUGUCUCCCUCACCCUCCUGCUGGUGGAUGAGGAGCUCCUGAGGCUGAUCGAUGCCAAGACCACGGCUGUGGCUUGGCCCAACCUGGCCGCAGCACCUGCAACGAGCCAGAGAGAGGAAGUGCCAGCGCCAAAGGAGGAACUGAAGACAGUGCAGCCUGCGACCAGCACGGGGCCCGGCGGGCAGCGGGCACAGCUGGUCCUGGAGCACGUGUGCAGCACCCUGCUUGCCAUGGAGGACAAGCUCAAUGAGCUGGAUCGUGCUGCAGGCGACGGGGACUGCGGCCACACGCAUGCCCGAGCCGCCCGAGCCAUCCAGGAGUGGGUGCGUGCCCGGCCUCCACCGGCAGCCCCGGCCCAGCUUCUCUCCGCACUGGCCGACCUGCUGUUGGAGGAGAUGGGUGGCUCCUCGGGAGUGCUCUAUGGGCUGUUCCUGACGGCAGCUGCCCAGCCCCUGCACAACCGCAGCGACCUCCCGGCCUGGGCUGACGCCAUGGAUGCUGGCAUCAAAGCCAUGCAGCGGUAUGGUGGAGCUGCUGCGGGGGACAGGACCAUGCUGGACUCGCUGUGUGCUGCCAGGGAGGUCCUGCAGGCCCUGCGCACCCCUGGUGCCAACCUGCUGCAAGUGCUGGCCACAGCUGUGCAGAGCGCGGAGGCUGCGGCGGAGGCCACCAGGCACAUGGAAGCCGGUGCCGGCAGAGCCAGUUACAUCAGCUCGGCCCAGCUGCUGCAGCCGGACCCCGGAGCGGUGGCGGCGGCAGCCGUGCUGCGCGCCGUGCUGGAGGGGCUGCAGAACUGAGAGGUGACCCUCACUGCCAGUCCCCCUGCCCGUCAGCCCCUCCUGUGCCCCAGGGCUCUGGGGGUGGCAGGAGUUCAGGCAACGCUCACCACACAUCCCCAAUAAACCUUCGUGGCCCACCUAA